AUGAUUAAAGUUACACUCGCCACCGCCACACCAGCCCUCUUAUCAUUCAAAGGAUAUUCCUCCUCUUCCAACUUGCCUGACCGUGUCUUGAAUAUGACCCGAACCACCGAAUUAGACAACGCUACUUUGAGGCUGAAGAGUCAGCAUAGAUUGAAGAAGUACUUAUGCGGCGCUUCCAGUCGUCUUGACGCUUUUGAUGGUAAGGCAUGGUCCGGAGCGGGGAAUUGCGGUCAGAUGAGUAAAAACGAGGCCCAGAAACCCGAUGUAGCGUUAAGGUUGUAG